CGCCGCGCCUGUGACUCAAUCUGUCAAACACUGACAAUCUAACUUUUGAUCGGGGAGUAACGAUUGCUUCUAUGGUUCCCAUGAAGGACAAAACUUUACCAUAAACCAUAAAGGAACAAAUUAGAACCUGGAUUGUGUGAAUGUUUACACCUGACCCCGAGUCUCAGUGGAAGCAAAAGAACUGCUUGAUCGUGCAAGGAAAGAGCAAGUGGGAAAAAACGAAACAAAGGGAGUUUGAGUUUUCAGUUGGAGAAGGGUCUUUGUCAAUCAUCGUCAGACGAACCCGCUAAAAGCCAUUUAUGCUCACAUCAGGCGUCACCACGAACUCGACGACGUUCCGGAGAGACGCUUUUAAGAAGUGGGACAAACGCAACAUGACGUCACGACGCCGGGUGAAGAAUCUCCUGGUGGUGCUCAUCUUGACCAGCGCGGCUGUGGCGUCUUACCUGGUCUUCUACAAGCACGACUCCUCGCUCACCAGCAAGAUGGGCUGGCCUGGAGACGUGCAGAACAUGCAUAUUGAUGAGGAUGGGCACAGGAGACCUGAUCAAGGACGCUUCUCCGCUUUUCAGAAAAACCUCCAGAACAGACUGAGUAACUUGGUCCAGCACAAAGAAGAAGAGGAAGAGGACGAGAGCAAAUAUGAAGACUUGGAGAAACUGAAUGAUUUGGUCAAGGACAAAGAAGAUGACGAUACACGAAACGAGGAAGGAGAUGAAAAUGAAGAGUUGGACGACCUUCAAGAAAACAUUAAAGUGGGACAGAUUCCAGAGAAACACCUAAUUCGAAAUCAGAACGGGGACAUUGUGGGCCAGAGAUUGUUUGCCCAUGGAGUGGACAAAAAACGACUGGAGAAAGGCGACCUCGGAGACGACCAUAUGCCAAGACCUGCUCCUCCUCCUGGAGCCGAUAUGAGCGAGGAGGAGGGGGAAGAGGAGGAGGAGGAGGAAGAGGAGAUACAACAGGCAGAUCCUCUCCAAGCUCCACCCUUCGACGAUACUCUAAAUGCUGAAGAAGAAGAACAAGAAGAACAAGAAGGAGACGGUGCCGGUGAAGAAGAAAAAGAAGAUCUGCUAAACCCUGAAAGAGGCCAGGUUUUUGGCGAUGAGGAAGAAGGGGGUGGGGUUUUUCAUAAUUUGGAGAAAAAAAUGAGAGACAGAAUCGCCUCGAGGAAGAAAGAGCGACUUGACGUGAUCGAUGGCGGUGAUGUUGAUGAUGAGAACGAAGUCCCAGGAGCUGGAGCUGGAGUUCUCGGUCAUCCAGAAAACUUAAAAAACUACCGUUUCGAUAAGGACGGUGCGGCAAACGUGAUUCUCCCCUUUGACGAACGCUCUUUCAACAGAAAAGAUGAGAAAGAAGAUGAAACUAACAACCAUAGGCUGGGAGACCUUGAAGAGAUAGAUAACAGGCAGCCUGGUGCAUUUAUGCCUCAACACAAUAACGGCUUCGGAAUAGGAGCUUUCAAGCCCCCUAAAAAAGAAGAAGACCCUGACGAUGCCCAGAAAAUUGCCGAAGGAUUUGCAGCUUUUAAUCUGAACAAUGACAUUGGCAAUCAAGGAUUCGGAGCUAAUAAACACGACAAAAAGAAUAGACCUAAAAGCAAAACUGUCGGUAAGAAUGGUUUACUGAAGGGUGGUGGCGGGCCUCCUAUAAGGAUGUUUGGCAACCAUGGGGUCAACCCAGCCCUUGAAGGCGGUUUCGGCGGGGUUCAAAUAAACAAGAAGCACGAUGAUUUAGCAAAUGGAUUUGAUCCCCUCGAGUCCCAUGAAAAGUUCCAGUUUGACUUCCGAGACAAAAAGAAGGGUCUUUUCGAUUACAGCUCUUAUAAGAAGAGACCAGGCCAGCAAAAUGGGCAGUACGGUGGGAAUAAUUUCCAAGAGGCACCUCACGCUUACGUUCCCAAACACCCUAAAAUCCACAAGGAGCCUCUGGGUCUCUUGAUGGAUGACGUACCUGAUCCUGACCCCGUUCCCUCCCAUGUCCUACCUGGUCAGAUCCCUCAGCAAGGCGCCCCCAAACAGUUCAUGCCUCAAGCAAAUAACGCAUUCCCGAUACUUCCACAAGGGGGACAGGCUGCUGGAAACGCUCAGCAGUUGCAACAGCAGCAACUGCAACAGUUACUUCAACUGCAACAACAGCAACAGCAACUGAAAGGGGGAGGUGCUGCUGGGAACGCUGAGCAGCUGAAGCUACAGCAGCAGCAGCUGCAACAGCUACUGGCGCUGCAGCAACAACAGCAACAGCUACAGCCGCAACCGCAGUUUCCACAACAACCCAUGGACGGGCUCCUGCCAGAAGUACAAGGAGGAGAUGGAGUAAUCGCUGCCAGCAAUCCACCAACUCGUCAAGAUUCUCCUUUCGACACUCAUCCUGCCCAGAACCAACCUUUGCCACCCCAGUACAAAAAACCUGUUUUUCCUCCAGUGGGACUGGACCCUAAUGCACAGGACGAUGGAGCAGGCGCCCAAACCCCGCUUGAGAUCCGCGACGUGAGCAAACCUGUGAAUUACAACUUCUUGUGCAAGCAGUUCGAGUUCCCCAGUGGGCCGGGCGUUUUGUGCAUGCAUCGCGAAGGCCAGGAUCCGAUGUCGGACGAGAUCGCGAGCAAGGGAGAGUGGGAGCCCGCGAUGAUGAAGCAGCUCUCAGCUAUCCUAGACAGUGAUUGGAUGCUCGGGCUCGUUGACAUAGGCGCGGGUAUUGGAGUUUACUCAAUAGCUGCAGCCCUCAUGCACAGGAAAGUCGUGGCAGUAGAGCCCUUGAACAAGAAUUACUUGAUGCUGCACAAGAGCGCAUAUGAAAAUAAGGUGGGCAAUAAAAUCGUCCUGGUGACCCAAGCACUGGACAAUGAGAAGUAUGUGGGUCAGGUGGACUUUGAACAUGAUGGCUACUCCAAUACCCACUUGAAGAAAAUGGAAAAAGGAAUGCCAGUCGACCAAACGACUACAGUUCACGUUACGACUCUGGAUAACCUGAUACAAGCUGUCAGCUUCCCCAGAGCCGUUCUCAAGAUAGACGUCACGGACAACAGAGAGGCCAGCAUCCUCUCAGCCGGUUCAACAUUCUUCAAAGUCGUGGACGUCCGUUAUGUCCUCACUCACUGGAGCACCUCCUCUGGGAAAGACCACACGGGCCUCAUGAUGGCCCUGGCCAAACUCGGGUACGCCCCUAGCCGGACGUGGAACGGGCCCACCCUCAAACUAGACCACCUGAAGCAGGACCAGACGUUCCUGGUCUGGAGCAAGCCCAAGACGACGGAUACCAUGCACUCUGGGGUCACUGUGUAGUU